CGUACCAAACAUCGCAGUUCAGGAUAAUUUUAUUAAAAAACAUAAACAUAAGCUUCAUCACCUCUCUAGCUUCUUCUAUCAUAGGAUUUUAACUCUGUGGAUAGGGUGAGUUUUGUGGGGGAGGUAAUUAAAAAAUGGCAUUAGAAACCGUAAUCUACCCUCAAGAAUCGUUAUUUUACGGCAGUAAUAAGGAGUUUUACGGAGGCUGCAGUUAUGGUUUUACUGCCGCCCAAGCAAUUGACGAAGAAGUGGAUGCCGCUUUUCUCGGGACGUUUCUAGAAGCCGAUGAUAAUAAUGUCACUCCUGCCAGCUUGGAAAGCAAAAGUUGUGGGAAGUACGGGGAUUGGGCCGCGGCGGAGGCGAAUUCGUCGCCGGAGGCCGCGGACGAUGAGCGGCGCCCGGCGGCCUCCUCCUGCGGGAGGCGGAAGCGGCGGCGGACUCGGACGUACAAGAACAAGGAGGAACUGGAGAGCCAGAGAAUGACUCACAUUGCGGUGGAGCGCAACCGCCGGAAGCAGAUGAACGAGUACCUCGCCGUCAUCCGCUCCCUCAUGCCGCCGUCCUAUGUCCAAAGGGGAGAUCAAGCAUCAAUAAUUGGAGGAGCCAUAAACUAUGUGAAGGAGUUGGAGCAACACCUUCAAACCCUAGAGGGACACGCCCGGGCGGGCAAAGGGGAACUGCCACGGGCAGCCCCCUUUGCCGACUUCUUCACCUUCCCCCAGUACACGAACGCCCACGGGAGGAAGGGCGGGGAGGGGGCGAUGGCGGGGGAGGAUGAAGCGGCGGCGGGGGCGGCGGAGAAGCGGUCGGAGUUGGCGGACAUCGAGGUGACAAUGGCAGAGAGCCACGCGAGCGUGAAGAUACUGUCGGAGAAGAGGCCAAGACAGCUUCUCAAGAUUGUGGCCCGUCUACAGUGUCUGUGGCUCACUGUCCUGCACCUCAAUGUCACCACUGUUGACCACAUGGUCCUCUACUCCCUCACCCUCAAGGUAGAGGAAGGAUGCCAGCUGAGCACAGUUGACGAAAUCGCUGACGCCGUUCACCAACUGCUCCUCACUAUCCGAGAAGAAGCUCUUCCUCCUCCUCCUGCUGCACCUUAAUUAGCUUAUUAGCUUAUCUUUCCUAUCCACAUUUUUACAUAAUACUCCUCCUCCCUGUCCUAGAAAGAGUCCACUCCCACCUUUUUCACUCCACCACGGCACCCUUCAUUAAAACCCCCCUUUUCCACUACUUUUCCACUCCACCACACAUUACAACCACUCCCAUCCCAACCAUUUAACUUCACUCACCCCUUCAUCUUCUUAAUUCACUCACAUUUUUCUUUAUUUAAACUACUCCUUCACCCACUACUUUAAUCACUCUUCAAAUUUAACUUAUCCUCACACUACUCCAUUACAUUCAACAUUUCUCAGUGCAAAAAUGGAUGACAUGGAAAGAGAAAGAGAGAUGGAGAGAGAUAGCGGGCCCUAGAAAUAGUAAAUGCUGGAUGGACAA